AUUCGCAGAUAAUUUUUUCCCCUACUAUUAUUAUCACAUAAAAAAAAAGGAGACAAGAAAUAUGUUUUAAAAAGUAAAUGUGAAUUUGAUUCGUAAAAAUGUUUGAACGAUAUAAAAAAAAAUAAAUAAAUAAAGUGUAACUCGUAAUAUUUUACGAUACUUAAUAUAAGAGUAAAGCAAAGUGUCGUUAUAUGUAUAUAUAUAUUGUUGAGCAAAUAAAACUCGUAAAGGUGCCUCAGGAUUUGAAAUAGGAAGAAUAUAUAUUUCAUACCGCAAAACUCGCGUGAAAUUUAUAUUGUUUGGGUAGAAAAAAAAAUAACAACGUGACAAUUUUUUUUUUUUUUUUCUUUAAAUUACACGACUUUUAUAUCAGACAAUAAGAUAUUUCUAUAUAUAUAUAUGACACAAGUGAACAAGCGGAAAUGUAAUUUCAUUUACUUUUUCCCCAAUGUCUGACAAUUUGAUGAAAAUAUUUUUCUCGAUUGUCACAAAAAUAACGGAUUAUUUGCAAAAAAUGUAUUCGUGACCCCUGAAAUUAAAAAAAAAAAAAAUUACCAACAUUUAACAAAAAAAAAAAGUGACAAGAAUUUUCAUGGCUUCAAUCGUAGAUACAGGACAAAAAAAACAAUUUCAAGGGGUUGAAGCAAAUCAAAUUGAUGAUCCGAUCGAGUAGAGAAAAAGGGAGGACCCGUUGGUGUCGAUCAUGAAGCAACGAGUCCUGCUCGCCUUCGCCAAUUUAAUUACAUCCUACGCCUCAUUUCUCGCUGCAACUGGACCGAAAGCAUCGACUCGUCAAAGAACACAGAGCAAUAAUCACAGUAAUAUUAGUGAACUUUUGGAUAAUUUGUUACGCGGUUACGAUAACAGUGUAAGACCAGAUUUUGGAGGUCCUCCUGCUACCGUUGAAGUUGAUAUUAUGGUCCGAAGCAUGGGACCCAUUUCGGAAGUUGAUAUGACCUAUUCAAUGGAUUGUUACUUCCGGCAAUCGUGGGUCGAUCGACGUUUGGCAUUUCAAGGAAACAAAGAACAUCUGGCACUAAGUAUUUCCAUGCUUCAACGAAUCUGGAAGCCAGAUACAUAUUUUUACAAUGGAAAACAUAGUUACCUUCACACCAUCACUAGUCCCAAUAAAUUUGUCCGACUUUAUAAAGAUGGUCGUGUGCUCUACAGUUCCAGGCUCACAAUUAAAGCUGGUUGUCCAAUGAAUUUAGAAGAUUUUCCCAUGGACACUCAGAGAUGUCCUUUAAAAUUUGGCAGUUUUGGUUACACAACGCGUGAUGUAAUCUACCGAUGGAACACUGCAAGACAAGUUGCCAUUUCUAAAGAUAUGAAACUUUCUCAAUUUGACUUAGUGGCAAAUCCAACAGCAAAUCAAUCAACUGAACCUUCACUGGCCCAAAAAGAAUAUUCGAUGCUUUUGGUAUCCUUCCAUCUUCAGAGGCACAUGGGAAACUUUCUGAUACAAGUAUAUGGACCUUGUGUUCUACUAGUGGUUCUUUCGUGGGUCUCCUUUUGGCUCAACAGAGAAGCAACUGCUGAUCGAGUUUCUCUCGGUAUCACGACAGUUUUGACAAUGACAUUUCUUGGUCUAGAAGCGAGAACUGAUUUGCCAAAAGUUCCUUAUCCAACUGCCCUCGAUUUUUUUGUCUUUCUUUCGUUUGCCUUUAUUUUUGCAACUAUCAUUCAAUUUGCUGUGGUUCAUUACUUCACCAAAUAUGGAUCUGGUGAAUGUUACUUUAGUUCGGAUCUCAGCGAUUCCGACAAUUCCAGUGACGAGGAAACUGUAUGUCGACCACGCAAAAAAGAAUCGAAUCGAAGAUCAUCGGGAAAUUCGUCGCAGCCAAAUAAAAAUAGUCGAAAUUUUACGAUGAACGAGGAAGGUGUCAUUGAAGUAAUUCCACUUUCGGCACUACCAGAACCAGAAGAUAAUGAUAGUGGACAAUGGCAAUUGUCGUGUGUUCCACGACAACCACCACCACCAAAGCCACCACGUGUUCCUCCUUCACGAAGACGUCAUAGACGUGUUCCUAGAUAUAAUUCUGUCUCAAAAAUCGAUCGCGCAAGUCGUGUCGUUUUUCCUCUAUUCUUUCUCACCAUCAACGUCUUUUACUGGUAUGCUUAUUUGUCAAGAAGCGAAAGAAUCAGCUACUAUCAUCCAAAUUCUUCAUAAAAAAAAAAUGAGGAAGGAAAAAAUAAUUUUUCUCCAAAGUAGAAGAAUUUAGUAAUUUUUUUUUUUUAAAUUUAAAAUUUAAAUUUAAAUUUUUUUUACAAAUUUAAAUAUAAAUUGAUUAUUUAUUUAUUAAAGGUAAAUAGAUUUACUAUUUUUUUAAUAGAAAUUUUUAUUUAUAUAUUUAUUUUUAUUUAUAUUUUUACUGAAUAUAAAAAUAUUUUUUUGACCAACAUGCACGAUAAACGGAACAUUCUGUAUGGAGGGCGGAAAGUGGAUCUUUGCCGCCCGGUAAACAGCUAAAAAAAAGAUUUUCUCUCCGCUAACGUCACGUGAUAGUCUCGUGACGUCAGCGGGAGGAAAAUAGUUUUUUACGCCCGCUGUUAUUUAAAGCAUUAAAUAAUUAAUAAUUUUAUUUAUUUAUAUAAUUAUUAUUAUUAUUAUUUUGAUUCAUAUAAUUAUUGUUAU